AUGCUGUUGACUAAUGAGUUACCAUUGAAGAUCCCACUGGAUACUGCUCUGCCACCAGAACUUUCAGUUUUACGUCAAGACGCUGCACAUGCCUGCGAAGGUGAGUCCAAGUUAUCGUAUCUGUAUAAGGUCGAUGUACUAGGGCAAUUAGCUAACAAGUUGCUCAAAUAUCAAUCUGAACUUCCUAGACCCGAGAUAGAGGAGAUUUUGUGCGUCACAAUAAUUGAUAUGGCGUUCUAUUACCAGCAGGUUGCUGAGGAUCUCAUCCAAAAGGCUUACACUGACGACCUUAAGGAAGCUUGGAGCAAUAGUAGCCUUUAUAACAAAAGAUCAAUCGGUCUCUUGCAAUACCUCGGUCAAACUGGUCUUUCUACUAAUUCAACUCACUUGGGCUUGGUGCAAACUUAUUCGAAAUGCUGGGCAUUGUCACAACAACUGAGCGUAGUCAUGCUUUCGCUUUCAAAGCUCAAGUCUAGUAUCUGCGGGAAAGGAUCGAAGGAUAGUCGCUACGACCGCUUGUUGGAGUUCCAAGAAUCAGACCUCAAAGAUUUAGCCAAAUCAAGUUUACUCUAUUCUCGCUUAUGUAUAGGUUGCAGAAACACCUGUUCACAGUUAAGCAAAAGCUCUAUUGCUGCUUCCUCUCAUCUUUUGGUGAAAUACUUGGAGGCCCUUUCCUUUAUUUUGCUUUCGCUUGAUCGUUACAAGAACGAUGACUGUGGUAUGGCCAUAGGCUUGCUUGAGAGCGCAACUAGCUGUCUCUCGGAGGGGCUCAUAACCUCUAAGCAGUUGAAAUCGAUACAAGAGAGCCAGAAAGUGAAGGACAAACUUUCCGCUAAACUGAAUGAUAUCAAAAAGGACAGUGCAAGUCUUCGAGAUAAACUCAAGCUUUUUAACAAGCAGGAAAAUGUGGGGAAGCCUCAACUACAUCCAUUUUUGCAAUCUACUCUGCAAGAUUUUAUCGUCCCAUUAAUAAUGCUCUUGAACUACCGCUAUGUGAAAACCAAUGACAAAGUUUUGUUCCAAACAGUCAUUCGGGAUCAUGAUGAACUGAUGCGCACCUGGCCCCAAGGAAAGUCCCCCGACGUAAUCGGAACAAUAUGGAGCUUUGACGGAGAGGCAUUGCGAGAAGUGAGUGCGUCAUCAAACGUGGAGUAUUACUAG